AUGCUCAAAAUUAAUUUUGGUCAAUCACAACCCAUUUUUCCUAAGUUUUCACAGUCUUAUGAUCAUCUGAUUGUCUUGAAUCCUUAAAUUCCACAAAACCUUUCAAAUGUCACUCAAAACACACUUGAUUUGUACAUAGACCUUAAAAUCAGCCGCAAUGCCGCCCUGCCACCCCCACCCCCACCCCAGAGAUGAGUGAUCAGUUUUAACAAUUACUAGGUUUCCUCAUAAUCGAUCCCGAAAAGAUUACGUAGAUGGAGGAAGAACCCACCAAACUUAAGGUUGCGCUUUCGUUCAAACGUAGGAUUGAGCCCACGUUAAGUGGGGGGAACUCGGAGAAUGAUCUUCCAACGUACACAAGCCUUAAGGACAUUAUAAUGAACAACUCCUCCCCUAAGCAUACUUCCAACACCGAGCUGGGGAUCCCAUUUGACUCGGCCAAUAUCUCAAUCCGCAACGAGCUCGUCAAGCAUGCAGCGUCGGCAUACGUGCUCUCGGCCGUUAACCCUGCGAAUAGGGAUCAGGACUGGAUCAGUGCGUUUUGUGAGAAAAUGAAGGCGAGCUGCAUUGGAUUUGAGUCGUGUUGUCAUAUUUAUGUAAGUAUGCCGUUGCAAGCGCUUUGUCGGCCCGUUGUUCGUGUCUUUUACCAGGUUGUCCGUAGAAUUAGAAAUGGAUUAAUGGGGAAAGUAGAGACAAGCUGAAGUUCUUUCAGCUAUCCAAUUAGUUCAUGGAUUGAGAUUGAUUUUUUGUUUCUCUUUGGCUUUAAUACUUUGUGGUCUUUUACUAGAUCUCUUGUGCUAAAUUGUUCCAUAUAUAUAUAUAUAUAUAUGCUUAUAUGUCUUGUA